GUGUAUCCAUUCCACCAGUGUAAUUUGUUGGAGAAUGACAGAUAGAGGGGUGACCGCGCCAACUCUGCCAUCGUCCUCUAUCAUUUUUUCUUUAAUUCUUUCAUUCUUUCUUAGGGGAAAAGGUCGGGAUCUACGAUUAUUGCUGGGCAGUUGACACCCAAAACGCAUAUCUGUGCAGACGCCUCCUCCUCCAGUUUUUGAAUUCAUCAUCUACACAGUACACUUGUAAAAUUAUUAAUCUGCUUCGGCGAUCGACUCUGGAACCAGGAAAUGGCUACAGAGUCUGAAAAAGAUCUUGGUGAUACUGCUGGCACUGCACCUGUCACAUCUACAGAUAAUGAAGGAAAGACAAAAAAGAAAAAGAAAAAGGGACUACUGUCAAGAAUGUGGAAUAGUCUAUUUGGUUCACACAAAGAUGACUUUGAGAAGAGAUUGCAACAUAUUUCCAAGGAGGAGGCUGCUGUUCUUGCCAGAACAGUUAAACGAUCACAUAGUUGGAGAAGGAUGAGUAGGCAUCUCAUUAUUCUUUCUGUACUUUUCGAGGUUAUUGCAGUUGCUUAUGCCAUCAUGACAACAAGAUCACUCAAGCUAAACUGGAAAAUGAGGGCAUUGCGGGUUUUACCGAUGUUUCUAUUGCCUGCCUUAUCCUUCUUUACAUAUUCGGCGCUUAGAAGCUUCACGGGGAUGAAAGAACAAAGGGAUCAGAAAUCUUUGGAAAGGCUUCGAGCUGAAAGGCAAGCCAAGAUUGAUGAACUCAAAGAGAAGACAAAUUACUAUAUAACGCAGCAGCUCAUUCAGAGGUAUGACACUGACCCAGCAUCUAAGGCAGCUGCAGCCACUGUGCUUGCAUCCAAGCUCGGUGCAGAUACUGGCUUGAAAGUUUAUCUGGGAGAUGAGUCUAAGCUUAAUGCCUCUGCUGGAACAAGCAAUGAUGUAGAAAUUGUGCAGUCCGCUGGACUGAGAAAUAGGAAGCAAGCCAGAUCUGGUAGCACAGGGAGUGCUGUAUUGGAUCAUCACGAAGGAGAAAUGCUUCGUGAUGAACAGCUUGAAGGUUCUAGUAUGAACCAACAUCAGCAAAUGAUUGUCAAGUAUCACAAUCCUACCUUUUCGAGCACACAAGAUGGGGGAUGGCUUGCACGAAUUGCGGCAUUGCUUGUGGGAGAGGAUCCAACCCAAUCUUAUGCUCUUAUCUGCGGCAACUGCCAUAUGCACAAUGGACUUUCUAGGAAAGAAGAACUCCCCUACAUAACCUACUAUUGCCCUCACUGCAAUGCCCUGAAUGGGCCUAAGCAACUUGCUGAUGGCGCCUCUAGUUUACUGAAUAUGGCAUCCACAACCAUUGUGGCUGAUGCUGAUUUGGUCAAGCAGGACAGUGGAUCCAUGGCGGAGAGAGUCUCUGCAAGUAGCAGCCCUGCAGUUGCUGCUGCGGGAACAACAAAAAGUGACAAUAUAGUCUCCGCAAGUAGCAGUCCUGCAAUUGCUGCCUCAGCAACAACAGAAGGUGACAAUAUAGUUUCCACAAGCAGCAGCCCUGCAGUUGCCUCCACGGAAACACCAGAAGGUAACAAUAUAGUCUCCAGUAUUUCUAGCUGAUAAUAUGUAAUAGCUUGAAUGGAAUUGUGCAGGCAAAGUUCUCAUGUGUAACUAUGCAUCUCUUGUAAACACCUAGUAGAAAUACAAAACUCAGAGAUGGCAGCUUCCCCAGCUGCCUAAUAUCCAUCGUUUUGUAAUCAAGAGUCAGACAGCAAUUUUGUCGGGUUGGCAGUUUUUUUCUUGAUUCAUUUGCCUAUUCAUUCUCCUAUGUACUUGGACAGGAGAUAUCUCUAUGAAACGAUUUACUAAUUAAGUUUCUCCAUUCCUUUUCA